AUGCGCGGUGCGGCCGGCGCAGGCUCCGCUGUAGCCGAGAUUUUCGGCCGCUGUCCCGUGCGCGGUGGUAGGAGGGACGCAGAGGGGGAAAAGCCGACGGCAGUUAUGGUGCGGGGUUGGGGUGGGGGAGGAGGAGGAGGGGGGCGGAUGGAGCCAGCGGUGUCGGGCGCGUUCACAGCCCAUCCACGACUUCUGGGGUGCUAUUCAUCUACAACCAGUGAUGCCUCCAGCGCAACAACAUCACCUAAAUGCCUGCAACAGCACCAUGAAUAUCGCCCAGUGGAGCACAUGCAACAGCAUCGUCAACAUCACCAGACAUACAUACCUUCAGCAACAUCACCUUUACCACCAACUGGAGUAAGUGCAACAACAUCUUCACCUGGAAUAUCUGCAGCAGAAUUAUCGGCAUCAUCACUUGGAGUGUCAUCAGUAGCACCAACACCUCCCGUUGGAGUACCAGCAGCAGCACGAUCAACAUUGGAGUGCCACCAACUGCACCAUCAACACCACCACCAUCAGCAGAAUCACCUGCACCAUGAAAUGGAGUACCUGCAACAGCAUCAUCCAACAUCGUCACAUGUACCAGGCAUCCCCAAUAUCAUCAUGUGGAGUACCAGCAGCAGCACUGUUAACAUGAGAACAAAGAUAAUAACUCCCAUUAUUUAA